AUGUCCCCAACCCCAGAAGGUGCUUUUACUGCCAAGCGCAACCAGACGCCUGCUGAUGGCCGCAGUGAGCCCCAUCAGCAAAAGCGCACGCGCAGCGAGGAGUCCCUCGGGGACACCCCUCCUGCUAAAGUACCUUCUCCAGCCCCCGCUUCGGGGUCGCUGGAAGAACCCCGGGUGCCGGCUGCAGCCGCCACCCCUGCACCAGCGGCCCCGGCUGACCCUCAGCCAGUGGCCGCUGCUGCCCAGGGUCGCGGUGCGGUUCUGCCGACGCCCGUGUCACUCGCCUCCGCACAGUCUGUGAAGGAGGCUCCACCCGCGUCACCCUCCCUUGCCGCUUCGUCGGAGUGGCGGAAGUGUCUCUGCCUCCAGGAGACACUGUUAGGAGCAUACGCUCGUCCUCCCCCACGCAAUUACAGUGCCAUAUACUCGCCACCAAAUCCCACACAAGCUUCUUCGGAAGUACACCACUCAAUCAGCAAGACAUCCAAACACUGGUACGCCAAUUGCCCCCACCCUUCCUAA